AGCGCUCGUAAUUUCAGUUAUUUGCUACGUAUCAGUCGCAGGAGAUAAGCGGCGACAUCGACUGAAAAUAUUUACCUAUGUAGCUUACAUAAAACUUGAAAUAAUAAUCGUCACUAUUCGGAGUUUUUUUCCAAAAAAAUGAGGCUAACUCUGCGUUUGCUAUCAUCUGUAGUGCAAAGGAGGCCUUUUUACGUGACUACGCCAAUAUUUUACGUAAAUGCCGCGCCUCAUCUUGGCCAUCUGUAUUCUGCGGUGGUCGCCGAUACAAUCCAAAGAUUUGAGAAGCUAGUUGACCCAGAUUGUGAAGUUAUUUUUAGCACAGGGACAGACGAGCAUGGAACCAAGAUCCAGCAAGCUGCAGCCAAUGCCGUCCUGUCACCGGCAGAGUACUGCUCCAAGAUAUCUGCAGAAUAUAGAGAUCUCUUUAAAGAUUAUGAUGUGGAGUACACGGAUUACAUCAGAACCACUGAGGACAGGCACAAAAGAGCUGUUAGACAUUUUUGGAAUAAGCUUCUAGAGAAAGACUAUAUCUAUAAAUCUCAGUAUUCUGGCUGGUACAGUGUUAACGACGAGGCGUUUGUGCCCGAGGCCCAUGUCAGGGAUGAAGUUAGAAAUGGACAAACGGUAAAAGUGUCGGCAGAGUCUGGUCACAAAGUGGAAUGGACAGAAGAGACGAACUACAUGUUUAGAUUAAGCGCCUUCAAAAGCCAUUUACAGGAGUGGCUAAAAAACGAUGGUGUAAUAACGCCUAACAAGUUCCAGAAGCAACUGCAGGACUUACUGGAGAACGAGACCUACUUCCCUGAUAUUUCAAUCAGUAGACCAUCGUCUAGAGUACACUGGGCUAUACGGGUACCCGGGGACGAGGAUCAAAGCAUAUACGUGUGGCUUGACGCUCUCAUCAACUACCUGACAGUCAUUGGGUACCCUGACAAUGACGCCAUGCUGAAAAAGGGCAGGCCCUGGCCGGCUGAUGUGCAGGUUGUUGGCAAGGAUAUACUCAAGUUCCAUGGUAUAUAUUGGCCGGCUUUCCUAAUGGCGAUCAAUUGGCACCCACCUCGCCGCCUCGUCUGCCAUUCGCACUGGACAGUGGAUGGCAGCAAGAUGUCAAAGUCACUGGGCAACGUGGUCUGCCCUAGGGCCACCCCGGUAUCACCCAGCGCGCUGCGGUAUAUGCUAUUACGAGAGGCUACCAUGCACGAUGACGCAAACUACAGCGAGUCCAAAGCCGUCAACAUCGCGAACUCGGAACUGGCCGACACGCUGGGCAACCUGGCCAGCCGCUGCUGCGGCGCGGCGCUCAACCCGCGCGGCGAGUUCCCGCCGCUGCACACGCACGAGCUCGCUGCGCUGGAGCAGGACGUGUCCGCGCAGCUCAUGGAUCACGUCGAGAGACUGCACGAAGUCUGCUAUGGACACUACAGAAACUACCAAUUCUACAAAGUAGCGGAUGCCGUAAUAAGGACCUUGCACCUCGCAAAUGUAUUCUUUGAAUGCCACAAGCCAUGGGAACUUCGCAAGAAACUCGAUGGCCAAAAAGAACUAGACGUUGUACUGCACAUCACUAUGGAAACAUUGAGAAUAUGCGGCAUCGUAUUACAACCAAUAAUACCAGAUUUAUCCAAUAAACUGCUAAACAAACUGCAAAUUCCACUGGAUUGCAGAAGUUGGCAACACUGCGAGAAGCCAUCUUGGAGAAUAGAAGGCGCCAUCUAUGAAACGAAAAAUAUACUAAGUGGCAAAUUCGUGUUGUUCCAAAGAAUUUAUGUUGAUAAGAAACAGAAAAAGAAAGCUAGUGCAUAAAAAUUUACUCAAAAGAACCGACGUUACGCAAUAAUGUUGUCUAAAUCAGUGUGUGCUGAUUGUGUAGUCUAUGGUACGAAGCCACGCGUAUCACUACUGCAAUACAAGCAAUAUAUAACGUUGCCAACCAGUUGUCUAACCGUGUAACUUAAACCCAAUAUGAAGUUCAUACUGAAAUGUCAAAACAUAUGAGUUAAUAUAGCGACUUAUUUGUCAAUCUUCUAGUAGCUGUAAAGGUACCUGGCUAAGUGAGAAAACUGUCAUAAAUGCUCACAGGUAGCACCACCGCAAAAACGCUGUUUUCGAAAAAACUCAAAGACCACAAUCUAACGAUCUUUGACAUAGAGUUAACCUUAACAUAUGGAUUUUGCGGACAGUUUCUGGUGAUUAAUUGAUGUUUAAGUGCAUGCCACCAUGCGUUCCUCUGCAUUCUCGGUUCGUCGGUAAGAGAAUAUAGCGUCGGGUAAGACUGGUAGAAGACCUAUAGGCCUGUAGGACUUUGGUGUUGCUAAUUGCCUGAUUGCCGGAGGAUAAUACGUUUGUUGUCUUCCAUUACUUUGGGAGGUGUACCAGCGCUAGGCAUUUGUUGUCCAACACUAGGAAUAUCCUUUUAUCGCCUUGGAUUGCCGCAGUAAAAAUAUCGGCAGCUAAACUUUCCGCCCGGACUUUCUUGGGGUUUAGUUGGGGUUAGUGCUUAGACCGUCGUGAACGACGACCCUUCGGACUUUUGCUUUUUACCAAUUUUAGGAACUAACGUAUGUUAUUGAACUUAUUUUCCAAAAGCAUAGCCAGUUGAAAGGAACUUAUUGUCUCUUUUAUUUUAUUUUUAUUGACAAUUCUGAGACAUUCUCUUCUGAGGUGUGUAUCAUCCUGCAAGCACGUUGUUACGGCCUUGACUCUUGUUGGGAUUGUUUAUUAUUCUCCUUUUCUUAUAGAUAACACCUCUUAAACUGCACCAGAUUACCAUAAACUUAGCGUCUUCUUUCAUCUU